UCAACAGACACUAUCGUACCACAGCAAGUCGACGUGGCAUCUUGAGCGGUCGCUGCUCUUACUGAUCGCUUCUGCUGGUCGCAACGCUUCAUCAGUCGAUCAGCCGACGCGUUUCUUGCUCGCAAAAGGUUCAGGAGGUCCUUUCUAUCUUCUUAUAGGCAACUAGAAGAAUUGGGCUAGCAGGUUCUACAAAACAUGUCUGCUGAAGCAGAAACCAAGGUGGAAGGUCAAUCGCCAGUGCCUCAGGCUUCGACAGAAGAUGCUGCAUCUCCUGCUUCUCCGAUGCAGCAAGAUGCCGCUUUAGCAAGUGACGACGCCCGUAUUGAGAAUCAAAUGGAGGUCGAGCAGGAAAAUAGCAAACAACCUGAAUCCGAGCCACGGCAAGUAGGAGAGGAUUCCGAAACGACGAGGUAUCCUCCCGUACCCGCUCAAGUCUUGCAGAACGUCAAGGAUCUCAAGGAUGAGAUUUUGAGCGGCCAGCAUCCCACCGUUCAGGCGCCCGAGGGUGGUCCCGAUGCGGACGAGGAGGAGAACGAAGAAAGAGUGGACGUCGUCUUGAAAAGCUUCGAAGCGAAAAGAGAGGAGGAGGAUGGACAGGAAGGACAGGCUCAACGGGAUGCCGCUGAUAGUGACCAGGAAGCCAAAACGGGGAACAAGAGAGAUGCCGAAAGCAUGCUGAUCACCGAAGAAGACGCCCCUGCCCCUCAAGAUGUCGGUGUUGCGAAGGGUCAAGCUCAGGAAGCUCCUGAGCGUGAUGCGAAACGCGCUCGUCACGAGCAAGAUCAAGGUGCCCACAAGCGUGCAAGCAAUCAGCGAGAAAAGACGGCUGCCGAUGCGUCUUUCCGGAAACCAUCCGUCAGCGACAGCCGAGCCUCUCGUGGUGACCUUCAUGCUUCAGGCUCGGGUCUUUCUCGAUCCGGCUCCAGGACUUAUACUGAAAACUCGCAGACUCGGCCUUCCACCUACAAUGACAGAUAUCUCGGGCCGGAUGCACGGGGAGGCCGAUCGUAUGCUUCGGAUAGGAAUUCUGUUUCGAACCGCUCGGCUGCGACUAGUCACACCGACAGGUUGUCGACCGACUCUUCCCGACGCGAUCAUGAACGAGAUCGGGUUCAAGAAUCUCGAAGUCACAGAGACUCGGCUUAUGAACGAGGAGGACCUCCUCCUUCCAAUGGUCGAGACUAUCGCCGACCGGACAGGGAUGGGGACGAUCGUCGAGUCUCCAGUGGCCCACCCGCACCGACGGACAGAGACGUCAAGCCCGCUUUGAGGGACAGAAUCAGUGGUGCACCUCCCCUCCGUCGACCGUCUCCUCCCGUUUCGGCGGCUUCGAACGGCGCGACCAGGUACUCGAAGCCUCCUCAGCACAAGCCUGAACUUUAUGGAGAUAGACCUGCAGAUGAUCGUCGUACUGGUUACAAAGACCGAGCUCCUCCUGGGCAGCGAGAGAGGUACCCCUCAUCUGGAGCGCCGGCCGGUAGUGUACCUGGAUAUGAUCGUCGAGAAGUUGCCAGAACCAGCAGUAUGCCCGAGAGGAUGAGUGACCCUCGCAGUUUCCCUCCCAAAAACUCGACUAGUUACAGCGAGAUCCGUGGCCUUCCUGACCCCCGACCACCGUAUCCCGAACAGGCUAGAAAAUCGCCCCCGCUUGAUUCUAGAUAUACCAAACCUUCCAGUACCUACCGAGACAACGAGCCUCAUCGCUCCAACCCGAAUGUGACCUAUUCUCGUCCUCCCGUGCCUAGAGAUCCGCUCGGUCCGCCCCCUCCCAGAGGAUCGAGCCCUCCUCCGAGAAGAGCAUACGAAGCGCCGGCUGGAACUGCCCCUUCGGUAUCAUCGGGCAGGACUUAUGGUUACGGUCCCAACUCUACCGUACCAUCUCAAUCUUACGCGGCUGGCAGACCUGAGUUCGAUCGAUACGCUGCUGGAGGUCCCCCUGGCGAUGCCUAUAGGGAACGAGAGAGGCCCGCCGAAUACCGUGCUCCGCCUGCUGCCGCGCCUUCUCCUGACCGCUAUUACCCCGCCAGUGUCGCACCGCCACCCGCUGUUGACCCGUAUGCUCGCACAAGUUACGAGAGGCAGCCGCCUCAAUACGACCGGUACGGCCGACCUAUCCCCUUGGAACAAGGACUCCCUCCUACCUACGCUUCUCCUGCAAGAUCCGCUGCACCUUACAUCGCGCCUCCUGUGCCUGCUUCGUCGGUAUUGGAUGCUGAACUGUUGGAUCUCAAAGCCCGCAUGGCCGAAUUGGAACGUCGUCGUGAAGCCGAAAAGAUGGUGGCGGUAGCUGUUCCUCCGCCCAGAAGCUACCCGAAUGGUUUUCCCGAGCUUUCGUAUGGCGGUGGCCCUCGAGGCGGCAUGACGAGCGAUCGCGGUUACCCCCCUCGAGAACGUGUACGGGAACGUGAGCGUGAACCCGCCAGCUUGUACCCUCCUCGAAACGGACCUCUUCCCGGAACCGCGAGGGAUUCGGCCUACGGUCCGCCCAGGAAUGGUCCUAAUGACUUGCCUCCUCCUCGAAACAUGCCUAUGCACCGAGGUCCUGCCCGUCGUUCGCCUCCCCCUCUUGGGCGAGACGAUCGUUCCAGGCGCUGAUGACAAUAGGGCUCGAGGACCGCAGAUAGUCUCCAAGACUCGUCUCGGCGGAUAACGUUCUCUACGACUACGACGACUGGAUUGAACGGAUAUGACCCGCAACGUCCGACAAGGCGCCUGAAAACAACAAAACAAAGACGAGAUUUCUGGACUUGGUUCGUCAUCAAAGGAGAACCUGGUCAUUGUUCCUCUUUUGCUUUCUUUUGCUCUAGGCUGGAACACCGCGACACGGCUACAUCUGAAUCCGCUGCUCUCGACCAACGACAUCACUAGCCCAUAUUGGCAAGGGUCCUUUGGUGGUAGUUGGCGCGUAUAUAUAUAUAUGUAUAGCCUACCUGUCUUCCCAAUGGCGUAAUUUCCCUUUUUACCUUACGAUUGUUCUUCAAGUUCGGACGUACGUCGGAUCCGAUACUCCAUAUGCUA